AUGCAAGGCCCCGAUAUAGCUCCUGCAGCUCCGACUGCCCCACGCUCGAGACACAGACGCCGUGGGAGGGGCCCCGGAAACCGCGAUGGCCAACAGAUCGCAUCGACACAGCCAGGGGACAACCCGCCCUCGGCACAAGUGCAGCAACAGCAACCCGAUCCUGCUCACCCCGGGCAGCAGAAUGACCAACCUCGGUCACGGAGAGGGAACAAAGAGGGGCAAGGAUCUGGAGGACGCAGAGCACGUGGCAAUGCAGCGAGGCGAGGCGGGCAGAGUCAAAAUGGAGAGCAAGCCGAUCAAAUAUCACAACCCCAGUCUCGGGGUAUGAGAGCUCGAGGUUUUGCAGCUCGUUUGACAAGGACAGAGCAAGCAUCGGGUGACCAGGGCCAGGAAGCUGCAGCAGAUGGUGACGCUAGCCUGCGAGCUGAUGCGCCAGAUUUCGUACCUGGAACAUCGACAUCACCCACUAGCCAACAUCCUUCGUCCACCUCGUCUGUGAAAGGCAAAGGGAAAGCAAAGCCGAAGGCCCCGCAAAAACCGCCCAAGGUCACAACAAAAUCGAUCGCGGAUGAUAUUGCCACUCGCAUCCACGAAGAUAUUGCUCAUAACCUAUACGAAUGCCCCAUCUGCACCAGUGAGUUAGGCCGGCGAUCAAAGGUCUGGUCUUGUGAGCUGUGCUGGACUGUGUUUCACUUGAGCUGUAUCAAGAAGUGGUCCACGAAUGAGGGGGCUGCUGCAGCCCAGAAUCGACAGGUGCAGGAUAGUGAAACCUCUCUUGCUUCCAAAGCCUGGCGUUGUCCCGGUUGCAACCUAUCCCAUGAAACAUUCCCUUCCACCUACAACUGUUGGUGUGAGAAGGAGGUUGAUCCCAGACCGUUCCCUGGACUGCCUCCGCACUCUUGUGGCCAAACAUGCUCGCGGCCUCGCAAGGCUUGCCCCCACCCAUGCGACGCCACCUGCCAUGCUGGACCAUGUGCGCCAUGUGCUGCGAUGGGACCCACCCAGGACUGCUUCUGCGGCCGAAACUCAUCAACCAAACGAUGCCAAGAUACCGACUAUAAGCGUGGAUGGAGCUGUGGAGAGAUCUGCGGAGAUCUUCUGCCUUGCGGUGAACAUACUUGCCCUCUUCCCUGUCAUGAGGGCUUGUGCGGGGCCUGUGAAGUGAAGAUCGAGGCCCGUUGCUACUGUGGCAAGGUACAAACCGAAAUGCUCUGCAGCUCUAAGGAUGAAGAGAUGGAUAGCCAAUUAGUCCGUGCGGAUGGAUCGGAAGAAGAGUGGACAGGCUGCUUUGACUGCCAUGGUGCUUGUAACCGCCCGUUCGAUUGUGGUCUGCACUCAUGUCAGAAGGGUUGCCACCCGCAGGACUCUGUUCCUGCGCACUGCCCAAAAUCGCCAGACAGUGUCACCCGUUGCCCGUGCGGUAAAACAAAAUUGACCGACAUUCCCGGCUUCGCUUCCCGCACAUCUUGCGAAGAUCCCAUCCCGAACUGCCUGGAGCCGUGUGGCAAGAUGCUCCGUUGUGGCCAUUCUUGUGACCAGGUUUGCCAUACAGGCCCUUGCGGGACCUGUCUUCGCCGCGUCCCUAUUUCGUGCCAGUGUGGACGCAACACUGCCAUGAGUAUGUGCCAUCAAGGCGAUAUGCACCCGCCCCAGUGUUUCCGCCAAUGCAAGGCAACUUUGCACUGCGGUCGUCACUCUUGCACUGAAAGAUGCUGCCCAGGAGAACAGAAGGCUCUUGAGCGACAAGCUCUCCGCCGAAAGCUGAAGGCUCAUCUGCGCCCUACGGACGAAGACAUUGAGGCAGAGCAUAUUUGUACCAGGGUCUGUGGUCGAUUGCUGAAAUGCGGAAGACACACAUGCCCGGAACUCUGUCACAAGGGCGCUUGCAACACCUGUCGUGAGGCGAUCUUUGAGGAGAUUUCGUGUAAUUGCGGAAGAUCCAUCUUGUAUCCACCGCAGCCAUGUGGCACGAAGCCGCCUGCGUGCUCGUUCCCUUGUGGACGCCCCAAGCCGUGUGGACACCCUCAGACUGCGCACAACUGCCAUACAGACGAGGAAAGCUGCCCCAAGUGUCCGUUCCUCACCGAGAAGGAAUGCCUAUGUGGUAAGAGAGUAUUGAAGAAUGUGCCUUGCUGGCUCACGGAUGCGCGCUGUGGCCAGGUUUGUGGGGCGCCAUUGAAGUGCGGCUCCCAUUUCUGCAAGAAGGACUGCCAUAAGCCGGGUGAAUGCGACGACGCGAACGAGCCUUGCCAGCAGGCGUGUGGGAAGACCAAGACGCUUUGUGGCCAUCCUUGCUCCGAGCAGUGCCAUGCACCAUAUCCGUGCCCGGAAAAGGCGCCCUGCCCGUCCACACUUACAGUAACAUGUAGCUGUGGACGUCUGCGUCAACACACACGUUGUGGCGCUGCUAAGGCUGUCACCUCCAAGGGUCAGCUGCAGCAGCCAGAGCGCCUACCAUCGCUGACCCCAUUGACUUGCGACGACGAAUGCUCUCGCUUGGAGCGGAAUCGUUCUCUGGCGUCUGCACUCGGCAUCGACAUCAACCCAACCACCACAGUUCAGGCCUUUACAUUGACCAAUCUCCCUUAUUCUGCCGAGACACUCGACCAGUAUAUUAAACUUGCCUCCACGGCCCCCCUCUCGACCCUCCAAACGUAUGAGUCGAGUAUGCAAUCUCUGGCAACCGAUACUGCGGAGCGGUCAUUCCGCUUUCAGCCUGCCAAGACGACCCUACGGGCAUUCGCACACUCGCUCGCGGAAGACUGGGGCUUCGUCACGGAGAGUCAUGACCCUGAACCUCAUCGCCAUGUCUUCGUUCUCAAGCCUUUGACCUGGACUCCGCCCGUUUUCGGUAUGGGUAGCGGGUCUUCCAUUGGUAUCGGCGGCAUGAGUGUACGAGAGUGCGUGAAGCUCCGCGAGCGAGAACGUACCAAGGAACGCGACGCUCAGCGGACUGCCGUGCUCGAGGCUAAGGCCGCCCGGGAGGCCGCCAAGACUCAAACAGGCUCAGACGGUUGGGCGCAGGUUGCCUCUCGGGGAAAGAAGUCCGGCGCAGAGAGCAGCACCACUAGCACCCGGAGCACAACACCGGUGCAGAAUCCGUUCCAAAGCCGGUCCAUCUACUCUGCGCUCGCUGGAGGGAAAAUGCCCGAUUCGUCGAGCCAGACAUCUAAAAAGGAACGGCUCGUCCUUCGCUCGGGUGUUGGUGCGGGCAAGGCUCCGCGGACACAACCAGCAGCGGAGGUUGUUGACAGCUGGGAGGAAGCAGAGGAGAAAGAGGAGCAGGCGGAGCAAGAGCAGGAGAAGACCACGGUCGAUGGACAAGCAGGGGCAGAGGCAGAGACCCGGGAGAGUGCUCCUGAAGCAGCUGAUCAGCCAGCGGACGCUGAGAUUGGCGAUGCUCCUGCCCUUGAAGUUGCAGGCAGUGAAACUGAAUGUGUUUGA